CGAUUGCCGCACACUCACAGAUUGAGGUGUGGCCAUCGAGGGCAGCCAUCUUCUUGACUUUCUGUCGCUUAGCAUUUCAGCGUGCUACAUAUCGCUUUGUUAACGGCGCAACCGGGAACUCUGUGUGUCAAGGAGGGAAAAAAACCUUCUCCUCCUCCCGCGAUAGAGAGGGCCGAGGGAGUGCCAUGCGUUACGAAUCCACAGCAUCUUCGCAUGACGACUGUUUAAUUCAACAUACAAGAAGCUACACGCUGUGACUGCAUUCAAUCACUGAUUUGGGAUCGUUUGUACCAGUUUAAAUACGACCUGGGCUUUAAUUCACAGAGACGCUGAAAGAAAGACUAAAAACAUGGGAUGCAAUACGGGCCGAUGCCUCGGUCCAGACGAUACGGGGUACCCUGGAUCAGAAUUCAUGGCAGCCAUUAGAAAGAAAUUGGUUAUUGUGGGUGAUGGUGCUUGUGGUAAAACAUGCUUACUUAUAGUCUUCAGCAAAGACCAAUUUCCAGAAGUUUAUGUACCUACUGUGUUUGAAAAUUAUGUUGCGGAUAUUGAAGUUGAUGGGAAACAGGUGGAACUGGCUCUUUGGGACACAGCUGGACAAGAAGAUUAUGAUAGGUUGCGUCCACUAUCAUAUCCUGACACAGAUGUAAUCUUAAUGUGUUUCUCUAUUGAUAGUCCAGAUUCCCUGGAAAACAUUCCUGAGAAAUGGACACCAGAGGUGAAGCACUUUUGCCCAAAUGUGCCCAUUAUCCUUGUUGGAAACAAAAAAGACUUACGCAAUGAUCCUAAUACUAUCAAAGAACUUAGCAAGAUGAAACAAGAACCAGUUAAGCCAGAAGAAGGAAGAGCUAUGGCUGAAAAAAUCAAUGCUUUUGCUUAUCUUGAAUGUUCUGCUAAAAGUAAGGAAGGUAUUAGGGAAGUAUUUGAAACAGCCACUCGGGCAGCACUACAAUUCGUAGGUAAAAAAGAAGAAGAAGGGAAGAUGUUGGCUCCUAUAAUUCUUGAUUUAUCACCGAUAACAAGACAACACUAAUGGAAUUGCUAGUUGCAAUGAAGCUAGUUGUUAUGCCGGAGACCCCCAGCGGAAACAAUAAUAUUAACAAUUUAUCUUUAAUUAUUUUACAUAAUAAAGCAACUUAUUAAACAAGGAAA